GACUUGUCUAAUAUUACACCUUUUCCGUAUCUUGCAAUGUGUAUUAGUGCAUUAUUGUGGGUAACAUAUGGAGUAAUAAUCGAGGAUAUGAUUUUGGUCAUUACCAAUAUGGUUGGAUUUAUUGCAGCUUGCUAUUAUAAUUGGUUGUAUUAUAGAAUUACUGAUAAGAAGGAGGAAUUUAUUUCAAAAUGUUCAAUUGGUCUUGUAAUUUAUAUUUUAUCAUUGAGUUUCGUAUUGUUUAUUGCUCCUUCACAUAAGGUUGUGAGCUAUUUGGGUGCAAUCUCUGCCAUUGGAAGUGUUAUCAUGUUUGGAAGUCCUCUUGUUACUAUUAAACAAGUUCUGGAAAAGCAAAAUUCCGAAUCAAUUCAACUUCUCCUUGCUGCUGCCAGUGCUGGUUGCAGUUUCACUUGGCUUUUAUAUGGAUAUUUAAUUUCAAAUUCUGCCAUUUAUAUUCCUAAUGGAAUUGGAUUGUUUUUAGCAUGUAUUCAAUUGGCAUUGAAAUACAUG